AUGUCUAAUACAACAUCAACAACAUGUCGCUGUCAAUAUAAAUUGAAGCCUGAAACACAAACACAUGAAAAACAUAUUUCUACACCCGAAAAAUGUUAUAAUGCAAUUAUAGAUACACUUAAUAAAUGUAAUUAUAAAUCAGCUUCAAAUCAACUUUGUCGUACUGUUGAUUGUAAAAUAGUUACUAAGGAAAUAUUGGCAUUGGAUGCUCGAAUUUUGCUUCAACCAAAAUUUCAAUCAGAUUACAACAAACAAACUCGUAUUAUUAACGAACGUAUUAAUCUAAAUGAAUGCCUACUUGAACCGAAACCAAUUUCAAAAUUAGCUACCACUUCUUUUGAUAUAAAUCAUAUACGAAAUAAUAUUUCAUAG